AUGGUGGCCUUCAUCGGAGCGGUUAUCUGCAUCAUCGCGGCUGUCCACACCGGAUCCUCCAAGGCUGCUGCGGCACAACAACAGCCGGCGACCGACAACCACUCGCUGUACCCGGACGGCGCGGCGCAGACCCCCGCCGCGGGGGGCUCCGUGGCCCGGGCCGGAUCUCUGGGAGCUCUCCACGGUUCUGAAACGCCCGACUCGGAGGCGCCCACCUUCAACAUCGGGCUCAGCGGGCUGGACGGGGUCACCGGACUCACCGGACAUGACCCCACGGUCAGCCGGCUCAUCUGCACCCCGAUCCCCGCCGGAGAGUGCAACCCGAAAAACUUUCAGCAACAAGCGGACGAGCCGUCGCUGUACGCGGGAGAGGACUGGGGCUACCUCCGCACCGCCGCGGAGGAGCUCCGGCAGACGGUUCUGCAGCAGAAAGACCAGAUUCUAACGGACCAGAGGACCAUCAGGGAGCUGACGGGGAAACUAUCCGAGUGUGAGAAGGGGCUGGACGGGAAGAGCGGCGGCGGCGGCAGCGCGGACCGACGCGGGAGCGCUGCCGCCGGGCUGCGGGGGGGCAAAGGCGCGGCGGAGCAGGAGGCGCACCUGGAGCGGAUCAUGGUGCGGGACAGCCCGGCUUCCACGCACGACAGCGUCCAUCUGCUCACCGUCAGAGCCGUGGACGAGCUGGAGCAGGCCAUCACUCAGCUCAAAGACCGAAUAGAGAAGCUGGAGUCAGACAUUGGCCCGUUUCCUCACAACCAGACGGACAGCAACACCUCAGGAGUGCCAGAGGAAGGCGGGAUGUCUGGCGGCCCGGAAAGGUUGGCCGAUCCUGGGCACAGAGCUGGUGCUGACAGGCCCUGGAGGAUGGAAGACUUGGAGGGCGAGCUGGAGAGGAAGGUGGAGCUGCUGGAGAAGGAGAGAAAAGCCCUGAGGCUGGAAACAGAGAAGCACCGACAGGAAAUCGACCGGGGCAUCAAUAAACUACACCACCGGAUCUCAGGCCUGGAGGAAGGCCAUUCCUUCCCAGAGGGCUACCGGCUGUCCUUCCCAACACGGACCAACUACAUGUAUGCGCUGGUGAAACACGCCGUCCCAAAGCUGCGGGCCUUCAGCGCCUGCCUGUGGCUGCGGCCUGCAGAGGGCGGCAUCGGGACCCCGCUGUCUUACGCCGUUCCCGAGCAGCCCAACGAACUGGUGCUGCUGCAAGGCCUGCACUCACCGGCCGAGCUGCUCGUCAAUGACAAGGUGACACAGUUGCCCCUGAACCUCUCCAGAGGCAGCUGGCAGCACAUUUGCGUGAGCUGGACCCAGAAGGGAGGAGCGUGGCAGGCCUACCAGGGGGGAAAGCUGAGGGGCGAGGGCCAUGGACUGGCCACGGGACAUCACAUCAGACCCGGAGGAGAGCUCGUACUGGGGCAAGAGCAGGACUCCCUGGGUGGAGGUUUUGACUCAUCCCAGGCCUUGGUGGGAGAGCUGUCCCAGGUGGGUCUCUGGGAUCGGGUCCUGUCGUCCUCCCAGGUGGCCACGUUGGCGCGCUGCGGUAAAGUGACCCAAGGCAGCGUGGCCCCCUGGACCGAGAACGGGAUCGAAGUUCACGGCGGAGCAACCAAAGACCCGGGCGAGCCUUGCAGCAAACACAGCAGGAGCUCUCAGUGA